GCCCAUCUGUAUCAUGUGAUGAGCUUUGCCCAAUCACAGCUAAUCGCAACAAAAGACUGAAUGAAUCAGUUCAGGGGCGAACUGACAACUGAUGGGGCCCCCGGCAAUAGGGGAUUAUGGGGCCCCUGUGUCCUUGCCCAAACUCAAAAAAGCCGAUGAAAAAGGUACCAGGGGCAUCUCAUGGGGCCCCCUACUGACCCCCGGGCCUUCGGGCAGUGCCGGAGUUUCCAAAUGGUCAAUCCGCCCCUGCAUGGAA